AUGGCCAGUGUUGAAGAUCCCAGCGAGACGGGUAGCGUCUCCGAGGCGCAAGGUCCCCCCUCUCCCCCUGACUUUGACAGCAGCACUGAAGCGAGUGAUUUCGGCGAGGAGUUUCUUGAUUCCAACUCGCUCACCUCGAGCAUCAUCGACUAUGAGUAUGAAAAUGGCCGCAGAUACCCCAGUGGCCGUGCGACGCAUCACAUAUAUCUGAUGUUGCUUGGCGGACGACUCUUCAACGCGCCGCUCAAGAACCCACAGAAGGUCUUGGAUUUGGGUACCGGCACAGGGAUCUGGGCUAUUGAUUUUGCCGACGAAUUUCCCGGGGCAGUGGUCAUCGGAAACGACAUCAGCCCCAUCCAGCCCGGUUGGCUGCCUCCAAAUGUCGAGUUCAUCAUCGAUGACUUUGAGCGCGACUGGCUGGAGAAGGAGAAUACAUAUGACUUUAUUCACUCGCGCAAUCUUGCCGGAUGCGUGGCAGACUGGCCGCAACUCUACCGCCAGGCAUACGACCACCUCAAACCCGGGGGCUACUUCGAGCUCAAGGAGAGCGCGGUUUGGGCCUGGAGCGACGACGGUUCCCUCACGCCCGAGUCGCCCUUUGCGCGGUACCUCGCCGCCCUCGACGCCGCGGGCAAGAAGAUCGGCCGCGAGCUCAAUGUCUACAAGGACUUGAAGCGGUGGCUCAUCGACGCUGGGUUCGAGGACGUGCAUGAGAAAACAUACUUCCUGCCCUUCUCGCCGUGGCCGCGGGAUCCGUAUCAGAAGGACAUCGGCCGGUAUCAGGCGCACAUGGUGGAGGGUGCGGUCGAGGCGUAUGGGCUCCGGCUGUGCACGCAGAUUUUGGGCUGGAGCUCGGACCAGACCAAGAUCUUGCAGGCUCUGGUGAGGCAGCAGUUGAAGGAUCCCAGGCUGCAUUCGUAUACGAAGAUUGUCGUGGUGUAUGGGAGGAAGCCUUACUAG